GAUUGAAUUAACCUGUUCACUCAAGGAUUUUCCAUCCGAAGAACCGAAAGUCCUGGAUGGCACAUUGGUGGCGACACGACGAGCUGCUGGCGCUGUUGCAGGCGUGGGAACAGACGCUAGAUGCGCCUCGUGACCGCGAUGAGCUCACGCAGCUGGAGCUGCAGCGACUGUAUGAGAAGUUUGACGCCUUGCGGCCACGUGACGGCGCGUCCGUGCCCGUUCAAGAGGUGGAAGCGCAACGUCAGCGUUUAGUCCGCACCUUCCUGUUCCUACGCGCAUUCAACGACGAGAGCACUCGUGCUGGACGUCCCACGUGGUUUCAACUACCGACGCAACAGCAGGAGAGUCUACGCCGCAUGAACGGACGACUGGGGGAGCUGGCAACCGUGGCGCCGGACGAGUUCGAACUACUCCGACGGAUCUGCGAGGAGCCACCCCCACCACCCCUUGCCCAGACGGAAACGCCCCAAAUGAGCGCACCGGAUCGUCCGCAAGAACGCCCCAUGGUGGACGAGAUGAAGGCGGCGGCUGAGGCACUCGCCGGUUUGCCCAUGUUCCGUCCGAACCAGCCGCCACAGCUGUCGCCCCCUUUGUCACCCGUUGCCACCGUGACUAAGCAGACACUUGAAAGCGAAUCUAAACGAGAGGAGACGUCGGAAUCCGACGGGUUGUCGGAAAGUGAGGACGAGGACGAGUAUACACCGAGGAAAAGUCGGAAGAGAGAAAUGGACACGGACUAUACGCCACCCAAAGCCAAAGCCAAGAGUAAGAUCAAAAUGACGUCCAAAUGGUCCAAGAAAGAUGAGCAGCGACUCUUGUCGGCGUGGCACGAGGUGGUUACAGUGUUGGCGGACAACGGAUUUGCCGGGUCUUUCGCCUCUCGGAACGAGGGGCUCCGGUUAAAUUCUCUGAUCCAUCAGCGGUAUGCUGAACUAUGUGGUGACGACAGUAUACCCCGUACCAACCAGUCGACGGGUGCUAAGAAACACGCCAUUGUGAUGGCGUUCCGAGCUCUGCGGAAUGUACUCCGCACUUUGGCGUCGCAGAGUGAUCGUCCGAACUGGUUCGGAAUGACUCCCGAAGAGCGGAUGGAGUUGCAGAUGAGAUUCGGACACCAUAACGAACAGGCUGUCUUUAUUGAGAAAGAAACGUACCAGAGACUCGUCCAGAUCGAUAAGGCUCAGCAGAUCGUGUUAACUCCGACUGUCGACGCACCUCGCGCUCCAGCGACACUGGACGAACUUCUCGGACGGACAACAGGGGGUUCUCGAAAACAAGUCGGACGGAAAUCCUCAAAGGAAAAAUACGCUUCGGGCCCCCCUAGAGGCUACGUUAUUGCAGAGAAAUCGUCCGAGGAAUCGGAAGCAGAAUCGUCGGAAGACGCCGCGUCAAUCCGGAAUGAACGAUCCGAAAACUCCAGUCGAGACGCAAAUUCACAGCGUUCGAAGAAACUGGCAAGAAAAGCUUUUCGUGAGGUGGAUCCAGCGGACGACAGCGUGUCUACUACUUCUAUUAAACGCCGUCGAACCGGGUUGAGUGAUGCCAAGUGGGUGACGCGUUUGCUGGACACUCAGACGCAGCGGUUCGAGGCACUUCUCGCUGAGUUCCAGGAGGAGCGGCGACAAGAGCGACAACAUAACGUGGAGAUCAUUCUGGAAGCUCUCAAGCUACGCAAUGCGUCUGCAAAGAAAGCGGAUCAGCCGUCCCAGUUCGUGGAUGCGUUGGUGGAAAAGCAACGCCAAAACAUGCUAAGACUCUUCAAGCAGCUGCAAGAUGAGCGUUCCCAAGAACGCGAACAAGCUCGAGUUCUGCUGCGAGAGCUUGGAAGUUCUCGACUCGUCCAAGAUCAAGAAGAGAAAGAUUAACUGGGUAAGUGCGUGAAUCGAUCGGGUAGUAAGUAGUCGCCUUAAUUUCGACGUUGCAUUGGAAUCCUUAACCUUUACGAGGUGCACGUAUCCGAUAUCCCCUUCGUAGGACAAUGCUAAGCAUCAAGUACCCCACUUCCAAUCCUUAAAAAUCAUCGUAACAAAAACAAAUAUAGGGUUUAUUUUGACUUGA